UGAACGGAGGAGGUGGAGUCUUACGAACAUCGGCUUAACUCACUGGAAACAACCUCCGGUAACCUUCCUCCACACACAGACGCGGUCUUUACGGCAGAUAUCGCCGCCACCACAUUCCUCCGCUCACGAUAGAACCCCACACACGUUUUGGAUCCUCUUUUUGGAUUUUAAUGCCUGAGUUAAUAAUUAAUUUAGCACUACUCUCGGGUAGUUUGCAUAUAUUUUCCUUUGGCGACGAGUGGCUGCGGUGCGGGGCUGAACAUAUCCGCAAGCUGUGUUUAGGUGCUCUCUCCCAGCCCCUCUCUGGAUGCGUCAGACUCCUCUGCCCCGGGGACCUGGACCCGGUGUGUGACCCCGCCACCCUCACCCCAUUCCCCCUCUCUUUCCUUUCCCUCUGCCCUAAACUCCCUUCCACCUGUUCACCCCAGCACUCCUGUUCUGGGCCCCCUGCCUCUCAACCAACGGGCAGAGGCAGGGGGCCAUGGCGCAAUGGUAGCCUUCAACGGUCCCAACCUCCUCGCCAUGAGCAGCGUGACCCCUCCGGAGGGCAGGGUUCAGGGGUCAAACUUUACCCCACACCACUACAAGCCCUUCAGCUCGCAUGCACACUACCAGCAGGUGAUGCAUGCAUUGCGCAAGUUAAAGGAGAGUGGGUUUUACUGGGGGGCUGUGGGGGGCCGGGAGGCCAGCUCCCUGCUGCGCUCUGAACCGCCAGGCACCUUCCUAAUCCGCGAUUCCUCAGACCACCACCACUUCUUUACCCUCUCUGUCCAGACGGCUCGAGGAACCAAAAACCUGCGCAUCCACAGUGAGGGAGGCGGCUUCUUCUUACAGCCAGACCCCCAAAACACCCAAGAGACCCCACAGUUUGAUUGCGUGCUGAAACUCAUAACGCACUACAUGGGGAAAGGGACAGAUGUUAGAAGGAGCAGAGAAGGGGCAUGUGGGGGCAAUUCAAGAGAGGCAGAAAAGAAGGGGUGCAACGUAUAUCUAAUCCACACCGGCGGAGAGAGGAUUCCCUUGGAACUGCACCGGCCCCUCUCAAGUUCUCUCUCAUCCCUGCAGCACAUUUGCAGACGGACCCUGAACAAUCUGGGGGGGUCCGAGCAAACCGAGCAGCUCCCACACACAAUUAGAGACUUCCUGGAGGAGUACGACGCUCCAAUAUGACUGACAGGAACUGCAAAGGUUCCGCUACACGGACCAGGGGCCUGGUGGACUGCAGACCAGUUCUCAGCGCAUACGUGAAUAUGUGCCCUAUCAAAUACUGACCAGAGUUAGCCUCAGAUGCCAAUGUGCGUUCAGUUUAUAAUUGUGACCCAGAUCUGCUUCAACACUGACGGACACCACCUACCUAGGGUCUCCCACUGACCUGGGGUCUGGGAUGAGGAGUGUGAUUUAGGUAGCCAAUGAUUACCUCGUCCGUCCUGCCUUGUAAAAAAAUGACCACUAAUGUGAGUGGCAAAUAAAGCCAGAGGUCAAAGGUCAAUGUUUCCUAUGACUGAUUCAGACGCAGAGCAGAGCCUCGUAGAAGAUUAACCUGAUUGGUCGAUAAUAACGAUGACAGUGACGACAUGAUCAAUAGGCCACCAUUGAUCCCUGUGGUUCUAAUGUGCUCAAGAAGAAACCUCUCCCUCUGUCAGCAUGACAUUUACAACUCUUUGGAUCACAGGACAGAAAGAAAGACAACAAAGAACAGAGGGGGUGAAUGAAGGAGGCGUUAC